AUGACGGAGAAAAGCGCAGCGCAUCCGGGUACAGGGCCCGAACAACACCAACCCAACAACGGGACAGCCGAAAAAUUGAGAAUCAGUAUAGCAAAUGGCGAACAUACUCGAGAAAAUACGAAUGUAAAGGAGGAACUGCUGGGCACACAGGGCCCCAAAUCUGAAAUGACUGCGGUGGGGGCUCACUCGAGUCCGAAGAAGCGCCGCAAGGUCAAUCAUGCAUGCGUUUACUGUCGGCGAUCGCAUAUGACUUGCGACUCGGAACGACCUUGUACACGAUGUAUAAAGCGGAACAUCGGCCACUUGUGCCAUGAUGAGCCUCGAGAGUCUUCCAAGCGGUCCCGGAGCGAGAAUGAGCAUUCGGCUGCGGAUGACGAAGCCUCUUCGAACAACGAGUAUCCAAACAUCCAAGGAAUGCCCAGAACGGUCGAUGUCCAGGAUGCUGCCGGUCAGCAAAUCCUCCCAGAUGCGACAAUGGGCCUAUCGGCUUCCUCUGUGCCCUCGGUGCAGCAGCCGGGCAAUAUGUCUUCUUCCGGUGAGACGCCACUACUUCCCUUCAAUGAAUGGAUUGGCGGGCAAAGCCAAUUUCAAGACAUGCACUCAUUUCAUCCGUCCUAUAUGUUCAAUGCGCCCGAGGUCACCAACGAGUACAACCUUCUUGGGGACUUCCUCAGUAAUAGUCUUCUUGACGAUGGAUCUGUUUUCCAGAAUGAUGAUCUGCAUGGGAUUUAUUCCGACCCGACGUUGAUAAACUCCAUGGCUACCCUAGGAGGAUCAAACACGUCUAUGCUCCAGCAAGCCCAACAGGCUCAGUCGCAACAAAAUCAACAGAAUCAGCAAACCCAGAGUGAACCUGCGCAGGGCCCUGCUGCUGCAGUGAGCAACGACAAGGCAAGAGAGACAUAUUACAUGACUGCAGCUGAUCCUUCAGGCUCAGAUCCACCAGAGGAGCGAAUGAACAAACUUCUGAAGGCCAAGUAUGACGCAGGACUCUUGAGACCAUUCAAUUAUGUUAAAGGCUAUGCAAGGUUGAACCAGUAUAUGGAAAGACACCUCCAGCAAGCUUCACGGCAGAAGAUCCUUCGACAGCUGGACAAGUUCCGGCCGAAAUUCCGGGAGAGAAUGCAAAGCUUGACUGACAUUGAGCUGAUAUUGGUGGAGAUGUGGUUUGAACGCAGUCUGAUGGAGUACGAUCGUGUUUUCGCUAGUAUGGCCAUUCCUGCUUGCUGCUGGAGACGGACGGGAGAGAUCUUUCGAGGGAACAAAGAAAUGGCAGAACUGAUCGGCGUUCCUAUCGAGUCAUUGCGCGAUGGUAAAUUGGCUAUCCAUGAAAUCAUUGUGGAGGACCAGCUUGUUAGCUACUGGGAGAAAUUCGGGGCGAUUGCGUUCGAUAGCACCCAGAAGGCAAUGCUCACAAGCUGCACCUUGAAAAAUCCCAAUUCGAACUCGUCUACUGACGGUAUUCCCUGCUGCUUCUCAUUCACCAUACGGCGAGACAACCACAAUAUACCAUCGCUCAUAAUCGGAAACUUCUUACCUUCGCAGCGGAAGGCGAAAUGA